GGGCUUGCUUCCGGAUCAAAACAUCAUCUCUUCCUGUCUAGCGAACGUGAAUCUCAAAUAAACAAACAUGAAACAAGCGUGAGUUUUGUUGAACUAAUGUUCGAAUGUAGCUUAUUUGUCAGCAGACGUAAUAUAUUGAUUCGACCAUGGUGAAAUGCGUGGUCUCGGGGUGUCCUAAUCGCAUCGACAAUAAAGGAGCUUUUACCAAUCGACCUUCCAAAAGGUUCUUCAAUUUUCCCAAGGAUCAAGCUCGAGUGAAAGUGUGGCUUGCAGCCCUCAGAGAAAGCGAGAAAGAGGAUUUAACAGAGCAACACAUUAUUUGCGAAGAUCAUUUUCUGACGGACCAUAUAACACCUCGAGGAAUAAGCGAGGAUGCUAUUCCUAUCAUGCCACCAUACCUUGACGGACCGUUAGGUUUGAUCAGCCCCUGGGGCGCGGAGUCGUCUGACGAUGGGGAGGAGGAGGUGUGCCCAGAUGAUGCUGAUGCUGCGGGCCUCCAUUGGGAUGAAGAUUUUGAAAAGGAAGACCUUGAGCUUCAAUCAGGGACGGAGACAGAAUCCUCUGUCUUUAAAAAGGAAGGGACUACCCAAAGUAAUAACCCUGGUCAAAGAAAAGAUCUAUCCCUGGGUACAUUGACCAAGCGCUUCGUCGAGGUAUUGCAUUCUUCCCCUGAUGGCGUAGUCGACCUCAACGAGGUGGCUCCCCGCCUCCGUGUACGCAAACGGAGGGUAUACGAUGUCACCAACGUGCUUGAAGGGAUCCACCUCAUCAGGAAGCAGUCCACUAACAAGAUUAAGUGGAUAGGGCAUUGUCCAGCCAUUUUAAAGCAGAGACUGCAGCAUGAACUGGGGAACCUGAAGAUUGUGGAGGAGACUCUUGAUGAGCUGAUCAAGAGCUGUGCCCAUCAGCUAUUUGACAUGACUGACGACAUGGAAAACAGCAAAUCAGCCUACGUCACUCACGAGGACAUCAGUCAUCUCAAGGUUUUCCAGGACCAGACAGUUAUAGCUAUCAAGGCACCAGAGGAGACCAAGCUGGAGGUGCCCACACCCAAGGAGGACAGCAUCCAGAUCCACCUGAAAGGAGGGAGAGGCCCAAUGAAAGUCUUGACCAGUGAGAUGGACAGGCCAGGGGACACAGAAGGCACCAGGGGGGAGGCAGCGGUGGGCUUCAUAACAUUGGAGGAGAGCAGGAUCAAGACCAUGCCACUCAGCACAGGUGUGCUGGGUCCACAGACAGCUGUCCAGAGUGCGUAGUCAGCAGCGUGACAGGGCGCUGUCCUCUUUGAACAUUUCCAUCAAACUGUUUGGAUGUCUCAUACUUGGAAUACAUCAUGGAUGUCUAUGGCAAUUUUUUCAAGGACUAAAUGUAAGUGGUUACAGCGGAAGAGAUCACAAAAAUCCAACUUGAUUGUGAAAACGGACAUGACAAUAAUUCACGGAAUUGCAAGCUUUAUUUUUAUAUGCGUUAUUCUGAGUUAACUAAAGUAAGUAAUUUGUAGUUGCAACCGCCCUGUUGCCAUAAGACAGCAUUAAGAUGUCAAAGUAACAUGUUCAUGUACAGAAAAUUGUGUUAUGGAUUGUCAUGCUGUGAGAUGGACAGUAUUUAUGCUUUUUUUCCACUUUUGUACUCUUUUUUUUUGUCUUCAUGUCUAGUGGGUGUUUUUUCCUCCAUGUUCUAUUACUAUUGAAAAGUAUACUUUUCAAGCAUCCUCACCUUAUUAAAGUAAGUCGUAACUGCU